UCUAACAGUUUUAACUCUCUCUAGGUCCCUGUAAAUGGUCAUUGCAUGUUAAGGACUGGAUUAUCUAAGUUAUUGAGAAGUGUUACCCCUGAUAAAAUCAAGAUUGGGAGCUGUAUCAGCAAAACUUUUCUAUCAGCAGACAUGUCACCGCCUAUUGUAAUACAACCUAAAGGACCCCAUAAAGCCUCAGUUAUAUUUCUACACGGAUUGGGAGACACAGGACAUGGCUGGUCUCAAGUAAUGGGGGAAGAUCUCAAUGUUGAUAAUGUUAAGUUUGUGUGCCCCACUGCGUCAACUAUCCCCGUCACUAUCAACAUGGGCAUGAGAAUGCCGGCUUGGUAUGAUAUAACCUCGCUCAGCGAAUUCGACAAAGAGGAUAAAACUGGCAUAAUGAGGAGUGUGGCACAUGUGCACCAGCUGAUAGCAGACGAGGAGAAGUCUGUUCCUUCUGAUAAGAUAUUUGUGGGAGGAUUCUCUCAGGGGGGAGCUGUGGCUCUGUACGCGGGACUCACUUACAAGAAACAACUCGGAGGAAUAAUAGGACUCAGUUGCUACCUGCCCCUGAACAGCGAGUUCCCAGCCUCAGCUGCAGCUCAGAACUCAACUACUCCUGUUAUAAUGUGCCAUGGAAAAGCUGAUGUAGUUGUAGACUUCAGGUUUGGUCAGAUGUCGUUCCAAAAGAUACAGCAAUUCCACUCCAAAGUAGAAAUGAAGGAGUACGACAAUAUGGGUCAUACAUCCUGCCCAAGAGAGCUCAUGGAUGUUAAGAGCUUCCUGGUUAAAUACCUCGCUGCUUCCUCUUAAUCUGUAGUAAUAAUUAAAGUGAAACAUGAAGCCUCUAUAAUACACUUCAGAGAGGAAUUUAUUAAUGUUUAUUGUGUUUCCUUUAUGGUUGGACCCUUUCUUUACUUUGGAAUUUGCGGAAAGUUAAAAAAUCUUGUUUGAUUACGAGAGUUCAUCACAAUCGGUAAGAACGGGAGUUUGACAAGUUUCAUUGUUGAUUUAAUUUAAAUAGUGGGAAAACAAAGCGGAAUUAGCUGAGUAACUCACAAAAGAUAAAUUAUUAUAAAUUAUGUGUCGGUUAACUGUAGACUCUGGAUCAGGUGAUCUAAAUUUAUAAUUAUGAGGUGUGGGGACCAUCUGAUACAUGUUCAAAUCUUACUAGAGUUUAUGUUUAAUUUUCAAUUUCUCCCCGUGAUAGAUCUUUUUGUGAUCUACUAAAUCUGAAAAUUCAUAACUGUCACCAAGAUUUAACUAGGUCGAACGGAAAGCUAUACAAAUAGCCGCGCCUGCUUGAGAGUUGAGACCUAAUUUUUCCGUUCGACCUAGUUACAUCUUGGUGACAGUAAGAUUAUAUUUGUUGGCUUUUAUUUGGAUCACUGGUGAUUGGAACUUAUUCUUAUGGAGAACUUUACUGUAAAGAUUGCAAAGAGUCGCUGGUGAAUUAUUUGACCUUUAUAUUAUAUAUAUGGAGUGUGUGGACAAUGUACUUCUUAUUUACAGUACAGUUGAACUGUCUUUAAUGACUUUA